AUGUUCCUAACGCUGGCCGGCCCACGUGCGAGUACCUGUCCCCUCCCCUUUCUCCCCUCCCAAAAGUUCCUGACAAUCCGAUCACAGACUCCAGAUGCUAUAGCCCUCCGAAGCUCAGAGCCCAAUAUCCCAGGCUACUCCCUCGCCAAUAAUACAAAACUCAACACGUUCGAAGACCUCGGACAAGACCCAGACCGCGCCCGCUGCUUCGCAGGCGCCAUGUCCUCGACUUCAGAAACCAGCCUCGAUGCACUCGCAGAACACUUCGAUUGGCCCGCCCUACCCCCCGGCGCUACCGUUGUCGACGUUGGCGGCGCUCAAGUACACGCCUCUCUCCAUCUUGCUAAACGCUUCCCCACCGUGACCUCCGCGGUCCAGGACAUCGCCGAGGUAAUCAACGGCGCGCAGGGAAAUCUUCCAGAAGCAUUGAAAGACAGGCUGAGGCUGGAAGCGCAUGACAUGUUCACUCCCCAACCCUUACAAGACCUAGACGUUGAUCUCUUGCGGUACGUGCUGCACGACUGGCCAGAUAAGUACUUCGUCCGUGUUAUUGAGAAUGUUGUGAAGGAUAUGAAGAAGGGUGCAAGAAUUGUGCUGCAAGAGCAUGUCUUGGCGGAGCGGGGGACGCUGGGCAUGGUGGAGGAGAUGCAGGAGAGGUAA